AUGCGACCUUAUGGCAUCAAGAAAUUUGUCCGACCGAAAAUGCACAUGCCCGACACCACUCGGAACACGCAAAUUGGACGCUGGACCAAAAAAGAGCACGAACUGUUCCUGGAAGGUCUGCAACGCUUUGGUAAGUCGUGGAAGAAGAUUUCAAGUCUUGUACACACACGAACAUUGGUGCAGAUACGUACUCAUGCACAAAAAUAUCUCCAGAAACAAUCACGUGCUGCUAUCAAAGCUGACGUUAAAGCUGCAGGAGUCACAACUUCGCAAACGAAACGAUCGCAACAACCUCAACAGCAGUCAAAGGUGAAUGCUACUGGCCGGUCGAUAUUCCAAUCAAACACUUCGUUGACUUUUGCUGUCACUCCACGGCCGUGGAAACCACUACAAUCAGGAGAUGGCGACAAUGGAUUCGCUCCUCUUACUUUUCCAAAUUCCCUGUCAUCUUUGACGUCACAAACAUUAUCGUCGACUCCACCACGCUCAUCCUUUCAGCCGAAUAAUAGCACGACUCGACUGGACCAGUUACUACAGGAUGACAAUAGCACCAUUCCAGCUUUCAUUGAUGAGUACUAUACGAGUCCGACCGCAAUUGAAGAUGGCUUGUUGAGACCAUUGUACACUAGUGAUCAAUGGUUAUCUACGAUGGAGACAUCUGUCAACCAUGUCAAUAAUCGUCGCCGUCUCGAACCUUCUCCUUCGACUUGUUCCGAAACUUCAACUGCACUCGCAUCGCAUCCUGCGUUCUGCAGCACCGCGUUCGAGCCACUAACAGUUCUUGACAAGUUGUCAUCGCCAAGCAACAGCCCAAUUCAGCACCAUUCUGCCGCUGCUGCAGUCCUACUAGCCGCCCACGAAACUGACGGGACAACCACUCAUACCGAUGCAUGGUCGUAG